GGACAUCAUCACCGUGGAUACUCGCGGGCAAACCGGCCCGGGUGCCACCCUCGGCCUACUCGGAGAGUCGCGUGUCGCCAACAACAUACGCGGAUUUUUCUCCAGCAGGAUCGGAAACGCGCUUCCGGACACAGGUUAAUCCGAUGGCACUGCGCUCCCCCGCCCCCGUUGAGCCGCUCUAAUCACCGCUGAAUAUACAAGAAAAAAACUGUGCGACUUUUGGACGAAGGUGGUGUGAAUAGCGGGCCGGCAAGAUGACGACGAUACCAAUAAUCAACAUGGAGUAUAGCGAGUUAAAGGAAGUGGUGUGGACGAAGUUGCAGGAACCGCGUACGCAAAGAAAGUUGGUGUUGAUCAUCGUGUCGAUAGCGCUUUUGCUGGAUAAUAUGCUGUACAUGGUAAUAGUGCCAAUAAUCCCCGAUUAUCUGCGAUACAUAGGUGCCUACCCCGACGAUCCCCUUCCGGGAAACGUAACAGUUCCACCAGGUACGCCGGUCAAGCACGACCACCACGGCCAGGACUCGGCUACAGGCAUCCUAUUCGCCUCCAAAGCCAUCGUCCAGCUGAUGGUGAACCCGUUUUCCGGGGCGCUGAUCGACCGUAUUGGCUACGACAUACCGAUGAUGAUUGGGCUGACAAUCAUGUUCCUGUCGACAGCGGUGUUCGCGUGCGGCCGAAGCUAUGGCCUCCUCUUCUUCGCCAGAAGCCUUCAGGGAGUGGGUUCGGCUUUCGCGGACACCUCAGGACUCGCCAUGAUCGCGGAUCGCUUUACCGAAGAGAACGAGCGUUCGAAAGCGUUGGGAAUAGCGUUAGCCUUCAUCAGUUUCGGCUGCCUGGUGGCGCCCCCCUUCGGUGGAGCCCUGUACCAAUUCGCAGGCAAGGAAAUGCCCUUUCUGAUCCUCGCUUUCGUUUCACUAGCCGACGGAUUCAUGCUUCUGCUGGUCAUGAAACCAAUAAAAGAACAAAUCAAAGAGUCCCAAAUGGUAAAACCACCUUCUGUACCAAUAUGGAGACUGUUCAUGGAUCCUUACAUCGCGGUAUGUUCAGGUGCCCUAAUGAUGUCAAACGUAGCUUUGGCUUUCCUCGAGCCGACUAUCUCGUUAUGGAUGGAGGACAACCUUACCACGGACAACUGGAAAAUCGGAAUGAUAUGGUUGCCAGCGUUCUUCCCCCACGUUUUUGGUGUUAUUCUUACAGUAAAAAUGGCAAAGAAAUAUCCGCACUACCAAUGGAUAAUGGCGGCAGGGGGAUUAGCCUUAGAAGGUCUCUGCUGCUUCAUCAUUCCAUUUGCCGGUUCCUACAAAGGCCUGAUGAUACCAAUAUGCGGAAUUUGCUUUGGAAUAGCUCUAAUAGAUACAGCUCUCCUACCAACCCUUGGGUACCUGGUGGACGUGCGAUACGUUUCUGUUUAUGGAAGCAUUUACGCCAUAGCCGAUAUAUCUUAUUCAGUAGCAUAUGCAGUAGGGCCUAUCAUAGCAGGCGGAGUAGUGGAAGCUAUAGGUUUCACAGCGUUAAACGUAGGCAUAGCCUUUUCUAAUCUACUUUACGCACCAGUUUUGAUGUAUCUCAAAGACAUCUAUGACUUUAAACCAUUCGAAAACGAAGCAAAUAUUCUCAUGUCGGACCCUCCGAACAAGGAAUAUCAGACUUAUUCGAUGCAAGAACAAAAACCGAUUUCAACGGACAUUCAGAAUCAUCUGGAAUACAAACAGCAAGAAACCAGUCUUGAUAACAAUUAUCAACAAAAUUAUGACCAAGGGUAUCAACAACAGGAUUAUCAACAACAAAAUUAUUCUCAAAAUUAUCAGCAACAGCAGCCUUAUCAAGAAACCCCAUACCAGCAGCCGGCUCAAAGGCCCGCAGGUCGAGUGUUGCCACAACAACCAGAAGCACCACAGGCAAACCCAUUUAGGACACAAGCCACAGGAGGAAAUCCGUUUAGACAAGGUUUUUAGGCUCCAUGUGUAUAUUGUACAUUUAUGUUAGCGUAGGCAAGAGUUUAGGUGUAGCAAACAUUUCUAAAUUUCUUAACCUAAAAUAGAAGUUUAUUUUAAUUUUAAAAAAUUUUAACACAACGGAUCAAUUUUUAUGUUGGUUUAGGACUAAUCGUAUUAGAAUUUAUUACAUUUAAUUUUUUUUAUUAUUAUACAUUACAUGCUAACGGAUGGUAAGUAAAAUGUCUGCUAUAUCUAAGUAUAUUUUCAAAUAUUUAUUUUUAAUUUCGUGUAAAUAACACACCAGUUGUUCCUUUUACGUUGUAUAUAUCGGCUGAUUAUAGUACUAAUACAAUAUAAAUAAAAUUUAAGUGUGUGCUUGAGAUAUUUUCUACAAUAAUUUACUCCCAAUAAAAAAUACAUAAUUACAUGUUUUCAAAAUCGCCUUAUAUUAUUUUCUAGUUUAUUUUCAUCGCUUGUAAAAUGGUUGAGAACGACAUAACUUAUUAGAAGUAAGUAUUGUAGAUCUUAAUUAAAAGGCUUAUCUCAAGCACAACGCGGGAUUAAUUUUUAAGGACCUAGGAUUAAGGUUUCAGUUAAAAUUAUAUUUAUUUUAUACGUUAAUCAACUAAACACAUCACAUACAUAUCAGAAUCGAAUGAUUCGCUUAUCUUAUCGUGAUAGGUCAACUUAAGUUGACCAACCUUAAAGUUAAGUCUAAUGCGUAAGUUCUAGUCGUAGGGUUAAAUCUUAAGCUUAGUGUAAGUCACAAAGUAGCCCGCAUCACAUGCCCCGUCUAUUCCUUCAGAUUUUUGUACAUUUUUGGAUUUUAUUGGAUCAGCUCUCAAUAGGUCAAUUUCCAUGUGUAUACAAUAUGUGUGCAAAAUAUCUUAUUUUGCUAUUAGUAUAUAUACGUUCGGUAACCAGAAAAAUUGCUCAUUGUGUAGAUAUCUUGUAAGUGUAAUUUUCAAAGUAUUUAUCAAGACGUCAUAUACUUAAUGUUUAUAUGUAAAAUUUAUACAUAUAUUUACAUUUAUAGACUAACUUUUAAAACUAAUUCAACUGCAAUUUGGAAACAGUCAAAUAUCGGCAGAUCUACAAUUGCAACUUACCGAACAAUUGUAAUAAAUGAACAAUAUCUUUGGUAAUUUCCAAAUUGCACAAAUAAUUUCCAAAUUACGAAUUAAAGUAAACAUAUCAAGUAUAUCGUAUACAUAUCAAUAUAUCAUAAACAUAUCACAAUAUUAUGAAAAUAAUAUACAAGAUGCAAAUAAAUCUAGCCAGCUCCAUAUAUUUUUAAGAAACUGAAAUCUGGCUCUUUUUAUUUGCAUCUGCCUAAAUAGAUGUUAACCCCCUUUAUAAUCAACACUAUCUAAAUCCACUUAAAAUGAGAACUAAUAAAAUCCGACUAUUUAGCCAAACUUUCUAAAAGCAUUGCAUGAAGAAUAAUUUAGUUUAUCUUGACACCUGUAUGUCACAAUAUUACGAAAAGCUUAUAGUUAAUAAUAACAACUAGCAAGGAGCAAUAACUUAACUUAUAAGCCUCUUUUUUUGACCAAUAAGACGUUUACCACUACAUCGAAUGGUAGAUGGAAAAUAUGUGUCCUUUUAUUAUAAGGUGCCUGUAGUUACUGAAAGACUUUCACUACUUUCAGAAAGCUUUUUAUAUUGAUACAGAUUUCAGGUCGUAAUUAACUUCUUCCAAACAAAUGGCAAUUAGAUAUGUGUAUAGUGUUUCUAUGACAUUUCGUUCGUAGAAUUUGUAUAUUCUCGUAGUUAAAUGGACAUUCACAUAAUCCAAUACUCUUUUCUAUCAUUAUCGACAAGAUAAAACACAGUCUCUAAUCCAUCAUAGCUAGUUACUCAUCUUUAUGUAUGUUAAGUCAGUAUAAAAGUAAACACAAAAACCUUCUGAAAAUAAGAAAAAGUAUUUUCUACGCACUAAUAUUCCCUGCGUAUAAAAGAGCUACUCUCAUUUCAAGUUUUAAAAAACCUAUGAAGAAAAGGAACAACGAUUGCAGAAUAAGUUCGUGUGCUGACAGACCAUUAACUUUACUCAAAUGAGAGUAGCUUAUAAUUUGUAAUAAAUGUUAAAUAUUACUAAAUUCUAGUUGUAUAGCGUUUAAUUUUUCGUUUUACAUUUGUUUGUAAAGUACUGACAGUUUAAAAUGUUAUCAUACUGUAUGAAUGAAAUAUAUUAGAAUGUAUUAUAUCAAGUAGGUCUAGUACUGUUAGUUGUAGGAAUGAAUUUGAAAUAAGUGUAUUAUAUUCGUCUUUAAUUCAGUGUACUAUAAUUUAAAUAUACAAUUGUUGUAAUGGGUGCUGUUAUAUAGAAUUAUAUUAUUACCGUUGUAAGCACCUCUUUCUAAGGCUUGAACUCUUUCUGAAUUUCUUGAACAGAGUUAUUUUUCCUAUUAGAAUUUUAUUUGUUGUUGGUUAGAAAGAGUUGAAGCCUUGUGAUCAAUAACAUUGUACUGAAAACUGUCGAAAUUCUGAAUGGGUAUAUUAAAAUUUAUUGUUAUUCAA